AGAGCGCGCGCGUCCGCGAUCGAGUGUGUGCCGCGCGCGUGUGUGCAUGAGAUAUACGCGCGUGUGGGUGCGCGUAUACGGCACCGAGCGGAUUCUUGUACGGGACAAGUGUCGUCCAAACGACUGUUUCAGUCUGUCUCUAAACGUUACGCCUUUACGUUUCGCCCACUUAACCGUCCGCGAUUCCCGCGCACCGCAGCGAUGGCGUUGAGUCCCGUUCAGAUAUCGCGUAUAAGACGAUCGUGGUCGGCACUCGCCCAGGAUCCGACCGAACUGGCGUCCGCGCUGGUGAUCAGAAUGUUCAAAGAAAACCCUGAAUACAUAUCACUAUUCAAACGGCUCAAGGGUUUGUCGAUAGACGAGCUCCAAUCUAACUCUCAGUUUAAAGCACAUGCAUCGAAAGUAGGCGGUGCACUAGGAGCAACUAUCGAUCACCUCGACAAACCAGAAAAAUUAGAAGAAUUACUUACAGAUAUUGGUAUUAAACAUAGAAAGUAUGGACUAUCACCUAAACAUUUUGAGGUUAUUAGAAACGUAUUGAUUGCCAUAAUAGCCGAAGCAAUAGGUGACACCGAUCCAGAACUAUUAGACUUGUGGAAGUCCAGUCUGACCGGAGUGAUGAGUAUUAUAGUAGCCGGAUGCUGUCCGUGACUGCAGUUUGGUGAUAUAUUUUACCGUCAUAUAUACACAUUUACUAUUAAUUAUUCAUAUAUUUUUAACGAGGGUUGUUCAUUUUUAUGGUCUCAUAUAAUUUACUAUUGUGAAAAUUAAUUAACCAUACGCAUGUCAUAUUUAUUAUUAAACGCAUAAUUUAACGCGAUUGGAACAACUUAAAUUUAUGUAACUAAUUUUUAUAAAUUAUUAUUG